AAAGAAAGUACAUGUAUUGUUUUAAGUUGUUUAUUUUACAAUUGGUUCUGGAAAUUUACAUAUAGAUCUUGUCUUAGUAGCUUCACUUAAUGUGUAUACAAAUAUUGCUACAGUUUACCCCAGCCUUUGCCCUGUAUGAUUCUGAUGUCUACACAUCGUUCACAGAAGCAAGGUCAUGUUUUACAGCCACACUUGUAGCGUCUCCUCUCUCUGUUCUCUCCCAGACGCUGGGUCUCUCUCCAGCUACAGCAGGGAUGUUCAGUAACGGUGCCGGUGACCUGAUUCUGUACUUCAUAACGCAGUGUAACAGCAACCUGUCAGAGUAUCUCGCUGAGCAGCACAAGCAAGUCCAACUUGGGCAGACAGAGCCCAAGAAGACGGAUGAGUUUCUGAGAGAUGCGGUGGAGGUCAGGCUCAGAAUGCUGAUCCCCUACAUAGAGAUCUGGCCGCAGGCUAUGAGCAUCCUGUUGCUGCCACAUAACAUCCCUGAGAGCCUCAAACACCUCUCCACCCUAGUGGACGACAUCUGGUAUUACGCAGGCGACAGAUCCUCUGAUUUAAACUGGUACACGCGGAGAGCUGCCCUGACUGGGAUCUAUAACACUACAGAGCUGGUGAUGUUGCAGGAUUCAUCUCCAGACUUUGAAGAGACCUGGAGGUUCCUAGACAACAGAGUCAAUGAUGUCAUGAACAUGGCGAACACCGCCAAACAGGUUCAGUCAACAGGAGAGGCAGUAGUGCAAGGAAUCAUGGGGGCUGCUGUCACUUUGAAGAACCUUACUGGCGUAAACCAGCAGCGAUGAAAUUGAUCUCCUAUCAUAUUCUUUAUAACCGCCUUCUGAAAAACACAGUGUCUGUAUCAGUGACUCCUCACAUUGUGAAGCCUUCAUAUCCACCAAGGCACACUCAAAAUACUGUUUGCAUAAGCCAUGGUAUAUGAACCUUGGGCAUGAACCCUAACCUGAUGUUGUACAUCUUCCUGCUGCCUUUCUGUGCUUUUGAAUUGCCUGUUAUAUUCUGUCACAGUGAUGUAUCUGCGAGGACAGAUAAGGUUAAAUCGGAAGACGUCUACCAUUAGUGGUGAUUAGUUGGGUUAAAAUAGUCUGAAAUGAAAGAAAGGACAGAUUACAAUUGAAAGAAACUUGACUUCACAGGCAACUAUAUCAGCUGUUUGCAUUGGUGAUUCCUUGGUGCAUCGCAUCAGUAUGACGACACCCCACUGCUCUAAUUCUAAUCCAAUGGCAGGUAUACUUGUCCCUUUGUUAGUUUCCAUUGUAAUUGAAAGCUUAUCACAUUCUAUCUGAACAUCAUACUUCCAUGUACUGUAAGCUUCUUCAGUGUUAAUGAAAACCACAUGUGAAACUGCCACAUGCUGUACUGAACCCAUCUGCUUUUCCUAAAUAUAGACUGAUUUAUGUGCUAUGGGAUACUGUCACACAGGGUGAAUGUCUAUAUAUAUAUAUAUAUAUAUAUAUAUAUAUAUAUAUAUAUAUAUAUAUAUAUAUAUAUAUAUAUAUAUAUAUAUAUAUUUUUUUUUUUCUGCUUGCUUCUGUUGGAAAGGACCCUCAUUAUGUAAAAGGGAUAAAUGUAUCAGUACCUAGGAACUUAUUAAGUAAGUCAUGGUUUGUUUUAUUUCUUUAAAAUUGUCAAUAAAUGUAUUUUGCACACUGUA